CCCUCUCCUCCUUCCCCCACUCACCCCCUUAUCGAUCCUCCCAACUUCGUCCGUCUCGCCCUCCUAGUCAUGGCAGAAACCGCCGCGCCGGUGCCCGCGACCAUCGAGAUCAACGACCUGCUCUUCUGCACACACUUUAAGGAGGUGUGUGAAGACUGCAGCUUCGACGGCCGCGAGGAGAACGACGCCUUCUUCGGAUUUGACCCGAUCGACCGCGACGGUAUCGAAGCGCCGGCUGCGACAGUCACCAAGGAUGGUGUGUACCAGUGCAAGAAGCAUGCGUCCACUUCUUGCUCGCAGUGCUACGGGUGGAAGAAGCAGAUCACCCGACUGCGCACCGCCGCAAAGAAGGCUGGCAAGAACUUGAAGUAG